CCCUGAAAUAAAUACGUGGCGUCUCUUUAGUUCUUCAAAAUUGAAGGUUCGUCCUAGCGACGAAAAGCAAAAAAUGGGACCGAAGAAAGAUAAAAAGCAAAAAGACGCUGAUAAAGCAAAUAAAAAAGUUGAAGAACCACCACCAGUCGAAGAAAAGAAGGAGGAUAUUCCUCCGACACCAAUUUUGGAAGAAAUCCCAUCUGAACCGACCCCAAUACCUCGCACUCCAACUCCUCGGGAGCCAACCCCUGAACCUGUUUAUGAAGAACCUGUUUUAGUCAGCCUUGUCGUGACCAGCUAUGAAGGUGAGAAAGAAAAGGGAUUGUUUGAAGGAGAAGGUUUUGCUACAUUUGUUGGAGGCCAUGACUAUAGAGGAAACUUCAGUCAGGGUAUGAUGCAUGGGCAAGGAGUCUAUACAUUUGGAGACCGUCUUGUGUAUGAGGGAGAAUUUCUCCAGAAUCAGAUAACAGGAAAAGGGACUUACAAAUGGCCAGAUGGAAGUAUUUAUGAGGGAGAUGUACUGAAUGGCAAGCGUCAUGGGUUUGGCAUGUUUCGUACUAAGAAUGGCAAAAUGACAUAUUCCGGUGACUGGUGCCAGGGAAAGAGACACGGAAAGGGACGUAUGGAAUUUGAUCCUGAAGCAAAUUCCUACUAUGAGGGUGAUUUUGACAACAACCAGCGCCACGGCUGGGGAGUAAGGCUAUACCCAAGUGGUAACAUAUACCAGGGUAUGUGGUUCAACAAUGUCAGGCAUGGUGUAGGUACAAUGAGAUGGCAUGACAAGGAACAGAUGUAUUCUGGUGUGUGGCAAAAUGGAGUCCAGCAUGGAGUUGGACAACAUAUCUGGUUCUUGCAUAGAGUGCCUGGCUCUCAGUAUCCCAUGCGCAACAUGUAUGAUGGAGAUUUUGUGAAAGGUUUACGCCAUGGCUCUGGCAGCUUUCUAUAUGCGAAUGGAGCUAGGUACGAAGGAGAGUGGAACAACAAUAUGAAACAUGGAAAGGGCAAAUUUGUAUUUAAAAAUGGCCGUGUGUAUGAAGGCACAUUCGAUAAGGACCAUAUUCUUGAGUUUCCCAACUUCACAAUUGAUGGAUCAGCAACCCCAGAUUUGACACAGAUAAGAACAAGGACUCCACUACCUAUGGAAAAUAUGUCAGUCCAGAGUAAUGAAAGUAAGAACACAAUGGGUCCAACCCUCCAGCUAGAGUUACAACAUCUUCUCAUGGAGCUUGAUGACAGAGACAAAGAAGAGGAGAGCAGCCAGGUGAUGUAUGUAAUGAUGAGACACAUUAGUGGUCUGAGACAGGUGUACAACUUCUACAGUGCUCUGGGAUAUGAUGACAGCCCAGACAACACAUUCAUCAUGAACAGGAUGCAGUUCUGGAGGUUUAUGAAGGAUUCAAAGUUCCACACCUAUGGUUAUACACUAACUGAUAUAGACAGACUGUUAGCGAAAGGCAAUGCCAAUAUUGAGCCACUAGACAUACACAACCCAUUUGGGCAGAUAUUGUUCAGAGAGUUUGUCAACUACAUGAUUGUCAUAGCUUACUACCUCUACCAUGAGGAUGUGGAAGAGAUUGAAGAAAAGAGUCCAAUCCUGGCAUCAUGUCUUGUUAGACUUAUCAACCAGAAUAUCAUCAAAUAUUCCUGCAAGGUCAAAGGUUAUAUAUAUGGUGAAACAAGAAGAGCUGUGAAUGCAUUGGUACAUAUGGAUCAAGCCUAUGAGGUUUAUAAAGCACUUUUGUCCAAAAGAAAGGUGACACCUUAUGAUCCUACUAUGAGAAUGAGGGAAUUUCUAUACAUGGUCAAAGACUAUAAACUCAUCAAUGCUGACUUAACUGCUAGAGCCAUCCUAGAGAUUCUUUCAGUGGAUGAUCACGCUGUCAUGGACCCUGAAGAGGCUGUCAAUAUGGAUUUAGAGAUGACUUUUCUGGAGUUCUUUGAGGGUCUGGCAGGUUGUGCUGAAGUUUUUGUGACUGAGGCUGUCGUUAAAGAUCCCACCACUCCUCGCCCAAGUACAGUCCUCACUGCAGAGCCAAGCAUGUUAUCUAUGCCAGGAUCACCAUCCAGAGGAGCCAGUCAGGGUGCAUUUGAUGAGCCCCCUGAUACAAUGACAGGACAUGGUUCACCACCAGGUGGCUCUGCUUCUCAGAUGAGCUCUCCUGUGAGGGCCACACCUUCUACUACUGCAGACAAACACGACAAACAAGACAUAAAACAAACUGAGGGCCAGCCAUCAGAACAUACAUCAGCAGGUGCAGAGAAGAGGAGACCAAGCAUGAGCAGGGACAGCAUAAAACCCCCACCUGAAAUACUAGCUUCCCAAGGCAAAAGUGCAUCCCUACUUAGCACUCACACUCCCGCAACAGAACCACAAGAUGUUGCCCCCAGUGUAACUAGUGGCACACAGAUACAGAAGGACUUAACCCUGGUGGAAUCAGUUACGGAGUCUGACCAAAAACCUCCAGAAACAAAUGACGGCCAAGUACCAGGAGUAACACCUCAAGAGGAUGAGCUCGAUGAACAGACUAGGCAGUUUAACUUUUGGACUCAUCAAAUUCACAUAUUCUUUGUUAGAAAGUUUUUUCCUGCUGCAGAGAAACUUGUGAUCUUAAAAGAUGUCGUUGAAAAAAAAUAUGGACAAAUGGUCAUCAAUUCAUAGAUUAUCACUAGGUUUUGAGAAAUAAUGAUUUUGAGUGAAUGUCUGGUAAGUUUAAGAAUAAAGAAUGUGAUUUAAUAUUUUGUGUUUAUAGUUUACAUAUAUAUACAUGCACAAUAAAUUAUUCAGCCAUAUUACUGUUUUUGGUUGUUAUAAAUCAUUACUUAGUCUUGUACCUGUUAUAAAGUAU